GCCGCCCCGUGAUUCGUGUACAACACCGGUCACCGUUGUCUGUUCUCACUCACACUAACGCUAUAGUCACACUGUUCACCGCGACGUUUUCAUACGUAGGUGAUUCCCACCUCGCAGCAGUGGUUUAAUAUCGUAAUAUCGUGUUGCGCGUCGACAGUAGUUCUUGUAAGUAGUCGUCGUCGUCGUUGUUUACGCGGGCCCCAAACGCUGGUGAUUCGAGUACACGCGUUUUCCCGUAAACGUGCCCGAAUCGGUAGACCUAUUUUCGUUUCGUUUUUUUUUUUAAAAAUUUUCCCCUCCCCCCGCCGACAAAACCCGGUCGAUCGUUGUCCCGCGCGCAGCUGAAAAAAAAAAAAAAACGGUUUUUUCGCCCCUGCUCCCCUUUGUUCGCGCCCGUUCGAAAACACUCGCCGUCCGAUCGCGUCGCAUUCCACACACCGACCGCGGUACACGUAACGUUUUUUAGCAGCCUACGCGUUUCACGUCUCGAUAACAUGUCCAAACCUCUGUUUACGGUAUACUUGCUGGCCAUCGGGUGGCUGUGCCAAGGCCAAGGGGUGUUUGUACCCACCACCGCCAGCGACGCAGACGUCGGACACGGCGGCGACCACCAUUCGUUGGAACUGGACGAGAACAACUGGACGAACGUGCUAAACGACGAAUGGAUGGUGUUGUUCUAUGCUCCUUGGUGCCCUGCUUGUAAGUCACUUGAACCCGAAUGGAGAGAAUUUGCUAAAUGGUGUGAUAUUCAUUCAUCUGUUCAAGUUGCAAGUACAGAUAUUACAAUAUCACCAGGACUUACUGGACGUUUUAUUGUUACAACUUUACCUACCAUUUUUCAUGUUAAGAAUGGUGUAUUCAGAUACUAUAAAAUGGGCCGUGAUAAAGAUUCUAUGAUAUCAUUUAUAAGAGAAAGAAAAUGGGAAACUGUAGAAACAAUUUCAUCAUGGAAAUCCCCUAAUUCAAUUCAAAUGUCUGUAGUUGCUCAAUUCUUUAAACUCUCACAACAAGUUAGGAUUUUACAUUCAACUCUGAUGGCUGAGUAUGGACUUCCCACCUGGGGAUCAUACUUGAUAUUUGCCAUAGCCACCAUAUUUAUUGGUGCCAUACUUGGUUUACUGUUGGUCUGUAUUAUUGAUUUAGUUUAUCCUCCAAACCAUAAAAUGCCAGUUAAAGAUAGAAAAGAUGAAAACAGCGAUAGUGGUCAAGAGUCGGACGAUGAUGAUGAACUCGUUAAAGAUGAAUUGUUGGACGAUCAAGCUAGCGAUGAACCAACUGAAAAUGAACCUUUAUUGAGGAAUAGACGCAAAAUACGUAAAACUGACUGAUAACUUUUUUAAGAUAGGCAUAAUUAUUUCUUCAAUAUAAUUCCAAUUAAUAUAAUUUAUACCAAUUAAUGUAUUAUAGUUCUUUCUAAUAUAAAGAAUUAUAUUGAUAUUAUCAUUAAUUUAUUUUUAGGUUCACAUUUAAUUAAGUUAAUUAAUAUUGAAUACUUAAACAUAAGCAGUCAAUUAUUUUUUUUUAAUUUAUUGCUUUUAAGGAUAUUUAGGCUUAAAGCAUUAGCUGUACUGCUUGCUUGUUCCUAAAUCUUUGUAAGUAGUCAUUUUUAUAAGAAAUUUUUUUAAAUGUCUCAUUUAUGUAUAUAAGUAUAAAUAAAUAACCAAACCUUAUAUUAA